CUUUUUUUUUCAGGGAAUGUAAUCCUGCUGCACACUGAGGGAUUCACGGCGGCUUCCUCAGGAAGUCCCAUAGGUUAUUAUUAUUUUUUAAAGCCUGUUUUACCCACACGCUUUUUAUUUUUUUCCACUAGUUGACUGAUUGAGACUCACGAUGUCUGGCGAGAACACGCAGGAACAAGAGGCAAUGAGUGUAUACUCUGUAACCCUCAGCGGCCCAGCGCCUUGGGGCUUCAGACUGCAGGGUGGCAAGGACUUCAGCAUGCCCCUCACUGUGUCAAGGCUGACCCCGGGUGGGAAGGCAGCUCAGGCCGGUGUUGGGGUAGGAGACUGGGUUGUGUCUAUUGGUGAUGCCAUUGCAGAGGACAUGACCCAUGUUGAGGCGCAAAACAAGAUCAGAGCAGCAACAGACUCCCUCACUCUCACUCUCAGCAAAGCUUUUAAAACGGGUGGUGACCAGAAGGAUUCAGUUGCCCUGACUUCUGUUCAGCCAAAGUACUCGUUUGCCCCCAGCACAACCAUUAACAAGAUGGCGAGGCCUUUUACACCAGGUGGUGGUAGUACCAACUCAGGACCUGCUAUUAAACCCGUGGCCUACUCGCCUAAGCUUAGCGUUCCGCACUCACAGGGCCGUGCCAGUGUGCAGCAGCCACAGAACGGUCUUGAGCCAAGUCCUUCACCUGCCAGGGCCCAGGCAGCAGAUAAACCAGAUGCUUCCAAGACUGCAGGAGGCAGCGCAGCUCCUUCCUGUCGACCACCGUGGGUCACUGACCCCAGUUUUGCAGACCGUUUUGGCCCAGAUAAGACCAGCACCGUCUUGACCCAGCACCAGCAGCCGGUCCAGCCGACGCCUGUGGAGAGUCGCAGUUCCAUCCUGCAGGCAGCACAGCAGCCACCUGAAGACAGCGGGAGGACCCCGGUGUGCGGCACCUGCAACAAAAUCAUCAGGGGUCGAUAUCUGGUCGCACUGGGACGCUCUUGGCACCCGGAGGAGUUCACGUGUUCACAGUGUAAGGCGGUCCUUGAGGAGGGGGGCUUUUUUGAGGAAAGAGGCUCCGUCUACUGUACCAAGUGUCACGAUAACCGAUACGCCCCAACCUGUGCCAAGUGCAAAAAGAAGAUCUCAGGGGAAAUCAUGCAUGCACUGAAGAUGACCUUCCAUAUUCAGUGUUUCAAAUGUGCAGCCUGCAAGAUUCCCAUCAGGAACCAAGCAUUUUACAUGGAGGAGGGUGAACCCUACUGUGAGAGAGACUACGAGAAGAUGUUUGGCACCAAGUGCCACAGCUGUGACUUUAAGAUUGAUGCCGGCGAUCGUUUUCUGGAGGCUCUGGGCUACAGCUGGCAUGAUACGUGCUUUGUCUGUGCCCUCUGCCAAAUGAACUUGGAGGGGAAGACGUUCUACUCCAAGAAGGAUAAGCCGCUGUGCAAAGGCCACGCCUUCGCUCCAGUGUGAUCUUGAGCUCGCUUCAUCUUCUGAUUAAACACCCCCUUUUUUUCUACCACACCAAUAAUUAAACCACUUUUUUCCCUUUUUUUUUUUUUUUUAUGCCUUCUUUCUGUACUUACUGCGAGUUUUUUGUGCUGUUACUUACCUUGCUGCUAGGACUGUCUCUGUGUUACUGCCUGUAAUGCAAAGUGCUGUUUUAUUACUGUAAGAUGUUGCGGCAUUGUUUCAUGACAUCACUGUGACUUGUAUCAUCUUUAAUUAGUUACAUGAAAAUAAUUCUGGCAGUUCUGCUCACCGUGUCCUUGUUCAGUCUGAGCAGAGUUGAAGUGUCUUGAGAGUGGGCAAGCUGCGUCUAAUCCCUGCGCGCAGAGUGCAUGGCACCUCUGUUCAAUCACCGGCUCUCUUUGCAGUACCCGUCCAUGUAACAGGGCGUCCAGCAACGCAGAGCCAUUUCUGAUCCACUCGACCCCCUGCGCCUCUUCACGUAAACGCUUUAGCUCUAGCGAGCAAGAGCCUGUACUUCAGUAAAUAAGUAUAAUUUGACUUGUGCAAUUAUGCGUAAUCAAUCCGGUUUAAAGUUUCAUCGGCUUUGAUAAGAUGUUUGGUCUCUCAAACACAGAGUUGAAUGUGAUGACUAAACUAAAUCUUACAAAUUCUGAUACCAGAAAAAGUUUGAAUGUCAUUGUAUGCAAAGUUUCGAUCCAGUCUUAGUUUUUAUCUUUUUACUCUGCAGCAUGCACUGAAUUAUUGAUGAAAAUAUACAUUUGAUUUGGUUGCAAGCCCUCAACCACUAAACCGCUAAAACACCAAAAACCAUCUGUUUUGUCCUAAAAGCUCAGAGAAAAAGUAUUUUAAAAAGGUGAGUGGCAAACUUUAAACACGGCUGUCGGAUGUUGUACUCCUUACGAGGAAACUGUAAGAAAUCCAGUUUGGUAAGAGCUUAGAAAGGGAUGUUUUUCUGUGAGAGAAAUCCUUUGUGUCCUGGUGUUACUGUGAUUAUUCCUCUGAGUACUUUUUAAGGCAUGGUUGUAUUUAUAUUGCUUCACAAAGGGUCUGUAAGUUGUUUUUAUAGCUGCUGGAAGUUUCAGAAGUCUUUAAUAACACCAUGUGUUGGUGCUCAAGUGUUUUUUGUUUUUUUUUGGAUGUGAACUCGUGUAAGAUUUUCCACUGACUGAUGUCUUGGCCUUCUUCAUGCUCACUAACACCUGCUCCCCAGAAAUGGACUUCUUCCGUGUUGUGCUCUGGGGUUUUUUUUUAAGUCCAUUAUAUUAAGUGCCUUGUUAUUAAAAUCAAGUUUUACACCAACAGUUUGUUGUGAGUAAAAACAUCAGCGAGUCCUUUGGUGCAAAUGCAUUAAAAGUAAUUUGUGCAGUUUAGAGAUGUCUGAAUCAAAGGACUGGAAGAGGUGUAAUUACUAAAUUUGUUUAAUUGAAUAAUGUUGAAUUCAAAUGUCUCUUAAUCAUGUUAAUGUAAACUUUUUUUUGUAUGGUUCUUGUUGGUUGACUGUGCUAAUAAAGAUCAAUGUAAAAUGUU